UACAGUCGUAGAUUUCCUUUCUUAAUAUUUUUUAGUCUAAUUUAACUGAUCCGAAAAAAUUAAAACGACAUCAUAUACGCUAUCAAAAUCAUUGUGUGUUAAUGUUUUAAUGUAGGAAGUUAAUUAAUGAUUACAAUUAUUCUAACUUAUUACGAUUUUUUACCAUUUUUAUCCAAUGGAUCACAGCUAUGAUGAAGAUGUUUUAUUAAAUCAAUUUUUGAUAUCUCUUUGCAAAUCAUCAACAGAAACCUUUUUUAAAGCUGUCGAAAAUGGAUGGCCUAUAUGUGUUCCUAGAGAAGGGUCCUUUUUGAAGACUAAAUAUUCUGAAAAGGAUUUUAAUGAUCACAUUUUAAUUCCUAGUAAUUGUUCAGAUGCACAAUUCAAGACAAUUAGUGGACAUGAAGUUUCUGUAGAUAACAGUGUAGUUAAAUGCCAAUAUGACAAUAAAACAAAUACAGUUAACAUAUUAUUUAUUGAAACUUGUUAUACAGAAGAUAAUCAAAGCUAUAAAGUAAUAUGUAUAGAUGGCCCAUUAACAAGUGCUACUAUGUCAGAAGAUAUUAUUAUAAUAAAAUCUGUUCAAGACUGUUUGAAUUUUUUAUAUUCUAAAAAUAACAAACUGUUAUUGAAAGACUUAAGAUGUUUAAUGGAUGAAUUUUUAUUGUCCAAUGAGUUCAGUAACAUGACUAUUGAAAUUCAAAAAAAAUCCAUUUACAUUUUAUAUAAUAAAUGUUUAAAAAAAGCCUGUUAUCAUAUUAGACGAUCUAAUAUUUUUUUUCAAAACAAUUUAAAACUCGCUAUAGAGUAUUAUAUUCAAAACAAACUGUAUGCUGCUUUAAUGAAUAACAUAAAUAUUUUAGUUGCUACAGAAGAUGCUAAGUUAAACAAACUCAUAAGAAAUUAUUCUAGUGCUAUGAUUGACAUAGAAAUAGACCAAAAAGUAGAAGUAGAAAUACCAAAUGCUAGAUGUGAAUUAUCCAAGUUAUAUAUGCAUAAAACUAUUCUUGGAAAAUUUAAAUGUUUGAAAGACACAUUUCUGAAGUUAUCUAAUGGAAACAAAAAUUUUACUGUAGAUAACCUUUUAUGUGCUUUAGUUAAUUUAGUUAUACAUUGUAAAAUACCUAAUUGGAAUGCACAGAUAUAUUUUAUGAAAUAUUUUGUUAUAAACAAUAUUGAAGAAUUUGAUGACAACUUUUAUUUAACCUCAUUAGAAGCAGCUAUUGAACACAUAAAAGUUCAUAAUUUUAAUCUAGAAUUAUUUUCCAAUAUUCAUGAUUCAAAUUGUGAUACAUUUUAUAGUUAUAUUUCUAAAGGAGAAUAUUUUAAAGUUAAAGAAACUAUAGAAUAUGUAAAAAUACAACGAUGUAGCUCAAAAUGUCACCCUUUAUGUGAAUGUGAUUCUUGUAUGAAAGAAAUGUUAAAAGAAUCAGCAGUUUGUGUCAAUUACAAAGAUGAACAAGGUCUUACUCCUCUUCACAUAGCAGCUUUUUAUGGCUAUCCACUUAUUAUUGAAUUACUAUUGGAAUAUGGAUCUGACAUUAAUGCUUUGGAUAAUUUUUCACGAACACCUGCUCAUUAUGCUGCACUCAGGGGACAACAGAAUGCAUUAUUAUUUUUAUUACAUAAUAACGCAUUAAUGAUUGGUGACAAUGAGGGUAAUACUCCAUUACAUUUGUGUUGUUCAAAUGGUCAUGAUGUAUGUGUCAAAGCUUUAUUGUAUUUUAUGGAGUUUUCGGAUUCAAAACUAGAUAUAAAUGUACAAAAUAAUCAGGGUGAUACAUCUUUACAUUUAAGUUUUAAAUGGGGUUAUUCUAGUAUAGUCCAAAUACUGAUUGAACAAUACGCAGAUCCGUUAGUACAUAAUCGUAGAGGUCAAACUUGUUUUGAUUGUGCUCAUAAUACUAAAAUGAUUGAGAUGUUUUCAAACCAUAAGAAGAAUAUUGCAGAUAGAGUGAGAAGAAGUAGUAUUGAAAUUACAUUGCAACAAAAGAAUAUAGGAAAAAUAAUUACUGCUAUAACUGAUGGUGACAUACGUUUAAUACAACAUUAUUUGGGCAUUGAUGAUGAAAAUCAAAAUGUAAACAAUUUUGUUGAUAUAAAUUGUACGAAUAGUAAAGGUUUUACUCCUCUUCACAUAGCAGCAAUCUAUGGCCAAACUAACAUUAUCAAACUGUUAAUUGGCUAUGGAGCAAAUGUUAAUUAUUUAACAAAUUCUGAACAGUAUACUGCAUUACAUUUGGCUGUACAACAUAAAAUGACUGAUGCAAUUGAUGUUUUAUUAGAUUCUAAAAAAUGUGAUCUCAACAAACAGGAUAUAUAUGGAAAUAGUGCUCUACAUUAUGCAUGUUUAACUGGUGAUGCUAAUAUAAUAAAUAAGCUACUCAAACGUGGUGCUGACUACGGAGUGAUCAAUAACAAAUUCACAAGUGCAUUAGAUCUUUUAAACAAAAAUCCAGAGUUAAGGAAUUUGAUUUCUACUACAAAAAAAAACAACCUGAUAUAUGUCUAA